UUCUAUUUCAAUUGCUUGGGACAGGUGGGACUUGACUCUCAGACUCCGUAUUAUGAAAUUGAUCACACAGAGGUGAAAAUGGCAGACAGAAUUCUUAUUGGAGAAGGCGCAUAUGGUGAAGUUUAUUUAGUUAGGUGGCGCGGCACAGAAGUUGCCGCAAAAACAAUUCGUUCAUCCAUCGCGUCAAACCAGAUGGUGAAGGAGAAUUUUCUGAAGGAACUAGCAUUGUGGCAAAAAUUGCGUCACCCUAAUAUAGUGCAGUUCCUUGGCGUUUUAAAUCACCCUGAUCGCCUGAUUUUCCUCACCGAGUAUCUACGAAAUGGAAGUUUAUAUGAUAUAUUGAAAAGAAAGGGAAGACUUGAUACACUGACUGCUGUUGCCUAUGCUUUAGAUAUUGCAAGAGGUAUGAAUUAUCUUCAUCAGCAUAAACCUCGUCCCAUAAUCCACAGAGAUUUGACACCAAGAAAUGUUUUGCAAGAUGAGGCUGGGCACCUUAAAGUCACAGAUUUUGGUCUCAGCAAAAUCGCACAGGAAAAAGAUGCUCAGGGUUAUAAAAUGACUGGUGGAACUGGAUCCUACCGCUAUAUGGCUCCAGAAGUCUUUCGUCGAGAAUCUUAUGGGAAGGGCGUGGAUGUCUUUUCUUUUGCUUUGAUUGUCCAUGAGAUGUUCCAAGGAGGACCGUCAAAUAAGGGAGAAGAUCCAGAAAAACUGGCAGACAAGCGAGCAUAUGAAGAUUUACGGCCAUCUGUAUCUUCACAUGUAUAUCCGGAACCAAUCAAAUUGCUUCUACGAGAAUGCUGGCAUAAGAACCCCGAAUUUAGACCUUCAUUUGCAGAAAUUAUUUUGCAGCUGGAGAUCAUCCAAGAACGUCUACAGCAAAAAGCCUUAGUAGACUGCUGUAGCUGUAUUGUGUUAUGAGAUGAAUUUGGUACAUUGCAUAUAAUGACAUUUUUCUUUUUCAUUUGCAGCUUAUUUUGUGCUGGUGUAUUUGCUGUCUUAUCCUGUUUCAUCUUAUAUAUUGUGUUUAUCUUUCUUUCUUCUAAGUACAGCAAAAUUAUAAUA